AUGCCUGCGCAAAGUACAUCUUCCCACCUGGCCAACCUCCAGCGCGACGGCUUCGUCGUCGUCAAAUCCAUCGUCUCCCCCUCCAAACUCGAGGCCCUGCGCACCGCCAGCCGCAAAGCAGAGCAGCUCGCCCGCAGCGGCCAGUGGCCUCACGUGCGGACGGUGGGAAAGCAGUUCCCGCCGUGGAACCACGAGGAGGCGCUGGAAAAGGGCAUCUGGGGCGUGCAGCACCUGAUGAAGCCGCAGAUGCCGGGCCACGAGACGUUUACGGCGCUGUACUUUUCCGAGGAGAUCUUGAGCAUCGUGAGGGAGCUGCUGCAGUGCGAGGACGAGGAGCUGGUGAUGGAGCUGUUCAACAUGCUGGUGAGGCCGGACGAGGACUUUGAGCUGCGGUGGCAUCGGGACGACAUUGCGGCGGAGGCGUCGGCGGAGGAGGAGAUGGAGAGGCUGGGACGGCCUGCGUUUCACGCGCAGUAUAACUUUGCGCUGUGGGAGGAUGAGUCGCUUGUUUUGGUGCCGGGGUCGCAUCGGAGGGCGAGGACGGAGGUUGAGAGGAGGGCUGGGCCGUUUGAGGGGGAGAUGCCGGGGCAGGUUGUUGUGAAGCUGGAGGCGGGGGAUAUCGCGUUUUACAAUAACAAUAUCUUGCAUCGGGGGGUGUAUGAUGCGAAGAAGGAGAGGGUGACGCUGCAUGGGUCGGUGGGACAUGUUGGGGGGAGCAAGUUGCGGGCGAGGAAUGUGUUGCAGCAUGGGGUUGGGGGAUGGGUUGAUGGUGUUGAUUUCUCGGGGGUGGAGGGGGAGGGGGAGAGGAGGAGGGCGGAGGGGAUGAGGGAGAGGUUGGUGAAGCUGGGGAGUGAGAGUGGUGAUGUUGGGUAUUCGCUGGAGGGGUGA